CUCUUUCAUUCCGACUGUGAGGAGGACAGGUGUAGAUAAGACACCAUGCCGGUUGCCCGCACUUGGGUGUGCAGUAAGACAUACGUCACUCCACGUCGUCCCUUCGAGAAGUCCCGUCUCGACCAGGAGCUUAAGCUCAUCGGUGAGUAUGGUCUGAGGAAUAAGCGUGAGGUCUGGAGGGUGAAGUUCACUCUGGCUAAAAUCCGUAAAGCUGCCAGAGAGCUGCUCACCCUGGACGAGAAGGACCCCAGGCGUCUCUUCGAGGGUAAUGCCCUGCUGAGGCGUCUGGUGCGUAUUGGUGUGCUGGAUGAAGGGAAGAUGAAGCUCGAUUACAUCCUGGGCCUGAAGGUGGAAGACUUCCUGGAGCGCAGGCUGCAGACGCAGGUCUUCAAACUCGGCUUGGCCAAGAGCAUCCACCAUGCCCGUGUCCUCAUUCGCCAGAGACACAUCCGCGUCCGUAAGCAGGUGGUGAACAUCCCGUCGUUCGUGGUGCGUUUGGACAGUCAGAAGCACAUCGACUUCUCUCUGCGCUCUCCAUACGGAGGAGGACGUCCUGGCCGUGUCAAGAGAAAGAACGCCAAGAAGGGCCAGGGUGGAGCUGGAGGAGGAGACGACGAAGAGGAGGAUUAAAUCAAAUCCUCUCCCAGGGGGAGGUGUAGGCUACUGUCUGAUCUUUCUCCUGGUUUUUCAAAUAAAAAUGGACUUUUUGUCACA